CAUCCACGGACGCGAAUGGUCAUUCGGCCGCGAGUAACAGCCUCGAACGGACGUGUGGUGGUGUGUCGAUCAGUGUGCGCGAUCGUAAACCGUGAAGAGUGAAAACAGGUUUCCUCCCCAGCCUAACCUGAUCUCGGGCCAGCGGCAUAAAUCGAGUGUUCCCGGUUUUGUUGUGUAUGCAGACGGCGCACGGUGCACCAAAUCCGGUAGCAAGUGUAAUCGGGCGCACACACAACAGCAAGCAAACGAGUGAUUUUUCCCAAUGCAAAGCUCUGCAUAAUUCCGGUAUCGGAUUGAGGACUGCGUGUGCUCACAAUUGUUCCACCGUUUGGUUGCAUCCGCGGGUGAUCAUUAUGCUUGUCGUCGGUCGAGUGUCCGUACCGUUGGCGUCGGUCGUGGUCGUGCUGGUGGUGUUGGUUGGUGUAACGUUUAACCUGCAGCCAGUGUCGGCCGGCCCCUGGCGGCGGAAUGGUAACGCGCUGCCCCGGCGAGUGGCGGAAAGUGAUGAGUAUUUAGAAUUUGGCCGCAAGCUAAAGCAAUCGUGCGGAUAUGAGUCAUGCCCGAAACCGAAGAAAAAUAUGCUUAAUGUGCAUUUGGUGCCCCACACGCACGAUGACGUCGGGUGGCUAAAGACGGUCGACCAGUACUAUUAUGGCAGCAAGACCACGAUCCAGAAGGCGGGCGUACAGUACAUUCUCGACUCGGUCAUCCAAUCGCUGCUGAGCGAUCCGGAGCGCAAGUUCAUCUACGUCGAGUCGGCCUUCUUCUUCAAGUGGUACGAUGAACAGACGGCGGAACUGCAGCAGCAAGUGCGCAUGCUGGUGAACGAGGGGCGGCUGGAGUUUAUCGGUGGCGCCUGGAGCAUGAACGAUGAGGCGGCCGCACACUACCACAGCAUUGUGGAUCAGUUUACCUGGGGUUUGGCCAAGCUGAACGAUACGUUCGGGGAGUGCGGUCGGCCACGCAUCGGUUGGCAGAUCGAUCCGUUCGGCCAUUCGCGCGAGCAGGCGUCCCUGUUCGCCCAGAUGGGGUACGAUGGGCUGUUCUUUGGGCGGCUCGACUAUCAGGACAAGCGCGAACGGAUGACGCACAAGCGGGCGGAAAUGAUCUGGAAGACGAGCGAUAACCUGGCCGAUGGGGACCUGUUUACGGGCGUGCUGUACAACCUGUACCAAGCGCCGCCCGGCUUCUGCUUCGACAUACUCUGCUCGGACGAACCGUUCAUGGACAGCCCCUACUCGGCGGAGAACAAUGUGAAGGCAAAGGUUGAAAAGUUCCUAUACUACGUGAAUCUUCAGGCCGAGAGUUAUCGGACGAACAAUAUCCUGCUGACGAUGGGCGGUGACUUUACGUACAUGGAUGCGAACGUGUACUUCAAAAAUAUGGACAAAUUGAUCAAAUACACCAACGCACUGCAAUCGAACGGAUCGAACGUGAACGUAUUCUACUCGACGCCCUCCUGCUACCUGAAGGCCCUGCACGACGUCGGCAUUACCUGGCCCACUAAGUCGGACGAUUUCUUCCCGUAUGCCUCCGAUCCGCACUCCUUCUGGACCGGAUACUACACCUCCCGGCCCACGAGCAAACGGUUCGAGCGCGUCGGCAAUCAUUUCCUGCAGGUGUGCAAACAGCUAACCGCCCUGGCACCAUUCCGACAGACCCACAUGGAACCGCACCUGAACAUGCUGCGAGAAGCGAUGGGUGUGAUGCAGCAUCAUGAUGCUAUUACUGGAACCGAGAAGCAGCACGUCGCGAAUGAUUACGCCCGAAUGCUGAACCGUGCGGUAAGAGCGUGCGGUGCGAAUACGAAAGCCGCCCUCAACCAGAUCGUUGAUCCGAAGUACAAACGAUCGGCACGGUCUGGUGGAUUGCCGUUCGAGCAUCCUACCACGGACUAUCCGCAGUACACGUUUGCGUUCGAGUCGUGCCAUCUGCUGAAUGUGAGCAAGUGUGAGCUUACGGAGACGAAGGAUAGCUUCACGGUCACGCUGUACAAUCCGCUGGCCCACGCGGGACACGAAUACGUCCGGCUGCCCGUCACCGGCGGUAGAUACAUCGUGCGGGACUAUCGCAAUGUAGAAGUUUCCUCGCAAAUCGUGCCAAUUCCACAGUCGGUGCUUAAUCUAAGCUAUCGCUUCAGCAAUGCAACGUCGGAGCUGGUGUUUUUGGCGAACGAGCUGCCACCGCUCGGAUUUAAAUCGUAUUUUGUUACGCGUGCCAUUGAUUCGUUGGAUGAUUUUCUCCAUGAAGCGCCUGCACCAGCAAUCCCACCGGCUGCAGACCAAAUGCUGGUAAAGCAACAGGAAACAGCCCAGUGGCAUUCGCAGGAAGUUACCAUCGGCAACAAGUAUCUGAACGUUUCGUUCGAUAGUAACGGCUUCCUCAGCACGAUCACGAUCGAUGGCGUUACGAAUCGGUUGCGCCAGACGUUCGUCUACUACGAGGGUGCUCUCGGUAACAAUGAGGAGUUCCGCAACCGUUCGUCCGGUGCGUACAUCUUCCGGCCGAAUGGAACCGAGAAAACGGUCACAGAAAAUGUGCAACUUAAGGUGGUUAAGGGCGGAACGGUGCAGGAAGUACACCAAGUGUUUAACGAGUGGAUCAGCCAGGUCGUGCGGGUGUACGCCGACGAGAGCCACGUUGAGUUCGAGUGGAUGGUAGGUCCCAUUCCGGUCGAGGACGGUAUGGGUAAGGAGAUUGUUUCACGCUUUUACACCGCGGCCCAAUCGAGCGGCGUGUUCUGGACGGAUGCAAACGGUCGCGAGAUGAUGCGGCGUGUGCGCAACCACCGGGACACGUGGAAUGUGGAUUUGGAGGAGAAGAUAUCCGGCAACUAUUACCCGGUGACGGCGAAGAUUGCGCUGGAAGAUGAGAACCUCCGGCUGGCGGUGUUGAACGACCGUGCCCAGGGUGGAUCGAGCCUGGAGGAUGGAUCGCUCGAGCUGAUGGUACACCGGCGGCUGCUGCAUGACGAUGCGUUCGGUGUGGAGGAAGCGCUGAACGAGAAGGCGUUCGGGCAGGGACUGGUUGCCCGCGGGAAGCAUUGGGUCGUUUUUGGGGCGAAGAAACCGACCAGCCCGACACCGGAGGCGAGGGAGCGCUUCCUGCAGAACCGGGUGCUGCUACCGAACUGGCUAUUUUUCAGCGACGUCGGGGAGGUUAAGUACGAGGACUGGCAGAAGCAGUACACCAAUAUUUACUCUGCUCUAUCGCUUUCGCUACCCCUGAAUGUACAUCUGCUAACGUUCGAACCGUGGAAGGAGAACAGCAUCCUUGUGCGCUUCGAGCAUCUGCUGGAGAAGGGUGAGGACCCAAUGUACUCCAAACCGGUACGGUUCAACAUUCAGGAUGUGUUCCGCCAGUUUUCGAUUGAGGAGGUGCGCGAGAUGACACUUGCCGCUAAUCAGCUGCGGGAGGAUUCAACAAGACUGAAGUUCAAACCCGACCCAUCGUACAUCAUGUACAGCUCCAUUAAGCGGGACGUGUCGACGCCACUUCCUUCCCCUUCGCCACCGAACGUAGUCGCGGGAAGGUCACCGCUGAUGGACGAACUGUCCCACAACGUGGCGGACGAUGGGUUCGAAAUUAUGCUCAAACCGAUGGAGAUCCGUACGUUCGUGUUUCAGCUAGAGUACAAGCCAUAGGUAGCUAGUAGUGUGCAAAGACUUUCGUUUUAAUUUAGAGUAGUAUAAAUAAAACGCAUUAUACCGUUGAA